UCGCGAGAAGUCACUGCGCCCAAAAAACCCACUAUGGACAUCGGUGGGAACGGUGGUGGGCUUCCUGUAAACAAUAAACAGAGAGCUAUGAUACCGAACAAAAGCAGGGGCGAAUUUACCCGCAACCCAAGGAAAGAUUCAGAGGGGAUGUCCGAGUCUCCAGACCUCGAGUUUGAAUAUUCGGAUACAGACAAGUGGGCCGCAGAGUUGUCAGAGCUAUACAGUUAUACAGAAGGACCAGAGUUCGAUCUUAACAGGAAAUGCUUUGAGGCUGAAUUCAGGACACAUGUUUCUGAGAAGAAGUGGACAGAGCUCGAUGCAGCCGAGCACAGAGCUCAUGCCAUGCGCCUGUUGGACGGUCUGGAGGUGACGGCACGAGAGAAGAGGCUGAAGGCCGCCAGAGCCAUUCUUUACAUGACUCAGGGAACAUUUGCAGACUGCAGCUCUGAGGCUGAGGUGCAGUACUGGAUGAGAUACAACAUCUUUCUACUGCUGGAUGUGGGCACCUUCUCUGCUCUGGUGGAACUGCUCAACAUGGAGGUCGAUAAUAGUGCUGCUUGUAGCAGUGCUGUGAGAAAACCUGCCAUCUCCCUCGCUGACAGCACUGAUCUCAGGGUGCUGCUUAACAUAAUGUACUUGAUGGUGGAAACGAUACAGCAGGACGACCCAGCUGACAAACCUGAAUGGAAAAUCAUCAGGGAGACGUUCAGAGCAGAGCUUGGCUCUCCUCUUUUCAACAACGAACCCAUUUCUGUCAUGCUCUUCGGUAUGGUUACAAAGUUCUGCAGUGGUCAUGCCCCUCACUUCCCAAUGAAGAAGGUGUUAUUGCUGUUAUGGAAAAGUAUACUGUUCACACUGGGAGGGUUCGAGCAGCUCCAAAGCAUAAAGGUUUGUAAGCGACAGGAGCUGUGUCUCCCCCCUCUCCCAGAGGACAGCAUCAGGGUCAUACGUAGCAUGAGGGCCGCUUCUCCUCCUGCGUCGGCGUCUGACCUCAUAGAGCAGCAGCAGAAACGGGCACGCCGUGAACACAAGGCGUUGAUCAAGCAGGACAAUCUCGAUGCAUUCAACGAGAAGGAUCCUUACAAGGCGGAUGACUCCCGCGAGGAUGAGGAUGACAACGACGACAACGACAACUCGAUAGAGGCAGAGGCUUUCUCUCUAGAGAGGGACGAAGUCAUGCCUCCACCUAUUCCCCACCCUCCGUCAGAGAGGGUGUCCUUCCCCAAAGGUCUGCCGUGGGCUCCUAAAGUCAGGGAAAAGGACAUUGAGAAUUUCUUGGAAUCCAGUCGGAGUAAAUUUAUUGGUUACACACUUGGAAAUGAUACAAAUACAGUUGUUGGCUUGCCCAGGCCAAUACAUGAGAGCAUAAGGACAUUAAAGCAGCAUAAGUAUGUCUCCAUAGCCGAGAUACAGAUCGCAAAAGAGGAGGAGUUUCAGAAAACCCCUCUGUCAGGGGGUGAAGAGGAAGUCGAGAUGUCCUCCACUGAGCUGCUUUAUCAGGGAAUUCUGCCCAGUUUGCCUCAGUACAUGAUCGCUCUGCUGAAGAUCCUCCUCGCAGCUGCUCCCACUUCCAAAGCCAAGACGGACUCCAUCAACAUCCUGGCAGACGUGCUGCCGGAGGAGAUGCCAACCACAGUGCUGCAAAGUAUGAAACUAGGGGUCGAUGUGAACCGACACAAAGAGAUCAUUGUGAAGGCGAUCUCCGCCAUUCUGCUGCUGCUCCUCAAACACUUCAAACUCAACCACAUCUACCAGUUUGAAUACAUGGCUCAGCACUUGGUGUUUGCCAACUGCAUCCCCCUCAUCCUCAAGUUCUUCAACCAGAACAUCAUGUCAUACAUCACAGCUAAAAACAGCAUUUCAGUUUUGGACUUUCCUCAUUGUGUGGUGAAUGAACUCCCAGAGUUGACUGCAGAGAGUUUGGAAGCUGGAGACAAUAAUCAGUUCUGCUGGAGAAAUCUCUUUUCCUGCAUUAACCUGCUCAGGAUCCUCAACAAACUGACCAAGUGGAAGCACUCCAGAACAAUGAUGCUGGUGGUGUUUAAGUCUGCUCCCAUCCUGAAGAGGGCGCUGAAGGUCAAGCAAGCCAUGAUGCAGUUAUAUGUCCUCAAACUUCUCAAAGUGCAGACCAAAUACCUCGGACGCCAGUGGAGGAAGAGCAACAUGAAGACCAUGUCGGCCAUCUAUCAGAAGGUGCGACAUCGGCUUAAUGAUGACUGGGCCUACGGAAAUGAUCUGGAUGCUCGUCCCUGGGACUUCCAGGCCGAGGAGUGUGCUCUGCGGGCCAACAUUGAGCGCUUCAACAGCCGCCGAUAUGACAAGAGCAUCAGCAACCCGGACUUCCUGCCUGUGGACAACUGUCUGCAGAGUGUACUGGGACAGCGGGUGGACCUGCCUGAGGACUUCCAAAUGAACUACGACCUCUGGCUGGAGCGUGAGGUCUUCUCCAAACCCAUUUCCUGGGAAGAGCUGCUACAGUGAGAAUCAAGAUCAAUCGAUCACAGGUCACAGCAUUAUGUUUCAUGUUCUGUACAGACUGGAAGGUCGGCCAGGUGUAGACUUUUAUUCAUCACGUUUAACACUUUAAUCAGUCCUCCAACCUGUAAAUGAACUCUGGAUACUUUGCCCUCAAUAAUGCCACCCCCGGUUUUUACUGCAAAUUAUUUUAGAGCUAGAUCUUUUUCCAUAUGUGGACCUGAGCCCUACCCAGCACUACCCCUGUGCCUCUUACCUGCUAUAGAAGGUCAGUAAAGUUUGACCUUGAAGCACUACAUGACUCACCUUCUCUCUUUGUUUUAAAGACAUUUAUUUGAAAGAAAUGGUAUGAAUUAAGUUCUAAGACUCAAACUGAGGUGUGUGCGCUUUGUUGAGGUUAGCCAAUCGGACAUUCCUUGAGUUAGCCUACAUGAGGAGGUUUUAGUCAGGAUUUCUUUACAAAUAGAAACAUGCAUUAGUUUUUAAAAAUGAUCACUUCAUCGUGUUAUAUUUGCAUUCUGACUUUCUCUCCUGGGUGCUGCCUACAUACUUUUACUCUGGGACCAUGAAGGCAUCAGGGUGAGUGGACUUAAAAAUACAGCCUUCAUUUUUUUUUUUUUUUUUUUACCAAAUGAAACUCAUAAGUAUCUUUAUUUAAUUUUCUCUGUACAGAAACAGGGCCACACAUAUUCCCAAGAUUGUUUGAAAGAAAACACUUUUUAAUCUCUGGUCUGAGAUCUGAUGUUUCCGAGCUUCAGUCACCACAGAUUGAACCAAAGGAACAACUCGGUUUACUUACAGAAACAUUUUCCUCCGUCUUUUUCUACCUUUUAAUUUACUGUUUUAUUAAAGAGGCUUAAGUGAUGAGAGAACAUGUGAAAUGUAAUACUUAUUUAUCAUGCUUUUCUCUUUGUUUUACAUGGACUUAAAUACUGUAAUAAAAUCAUACUGUCAGUCUUGUA